UACUUCUCCUCUUAUCAUUCUCUCUCCCCGAAACCCUAGCCCCCAAAUCAGAAAACCCUAAUUUCAACUAUUUCCAUGGCGAAGAAGCGAAAAACCAGACCUUCUGAACCUUCACAACCAGCUGAAGAACCAGUAGAGAUUAAGCAAGAACCUGAGGUUGAACCAGCACAAGAAGAAGAGUACGAGAACGAUGCUGUAGAAGUAGAGGAAGAAGAAGCAGUACAUGAGGAUGAAGAAGAACAAGAUCCCGAAGAAGAAGAGGAAGAAGGCGGUGAAGAUGACGAGGAAGAAGAAGAAAUGCCUGGAUCUGGAAAUGACGCCGUAGAGGGUGAUAAUGAAAAGUCGGAGCAAGUUAAUGGAGGCGGCGCUGAGGUGAAGAUUGAGGAAGGUAAUGAAGAGGAUUUGGAAGAUGAGCCACUUGAGAAUCUGUUAGAGCCCUUUACGAAGGAUCAACUUACAGCGCUUAUUAAAGAAGCUUUAGCUAAAUACCCUGAUUUCAAAGAAAAUAUUCAGAAAUUGGCUGAUAAAGAUCCGGCACACCGGAAAAUCUUUGUUCAUGGUUUAGGUUGGGAUACAACAGCUGAAACGCUAACUAGUGUUUUUGGAAGUUACGGUGAAAUUGAGGAUUGUAAAGCUGUUACCGAUAAGGUUUCAGGGAAAUCGAAAGGUUAUGGGUUUAUAUUGUUUAAGCAUAGGAGUGGUGCUAGGAAAGCUUUGAAGGAGCCACAGAAGAAGAUUGGUACAAGGAUGACUUCUUGCCAGUUGGCUUCUGCUGGGCCGGUUCCGGCUCCUCCACCUUCUACAGCAGCCGCACCGGUUUCGGAGUAUACGCAGAGGAAGAUUUUUGUUAGCAAUGUAGCUGCUGAUCUUGAACCUCAGAAGCUGUUGGAGUACUUCUCAAAGUUUGGUGAAGUUGAGGAGGGUCCACUUGGAUUGGAUAAGCAAAGUGGGAAACCUAAGGGGUUCUGUUUGUUUGUGUAUAAGACUGUUGAGGGUGCUAGGAAGGCAUUGGAGGAGCCACAUAAGACCUUUGAAGGGCAUACCCUUCAUUGUCAGAAGGCAAUUGAUGGACCGAAGCAUAGUAAGAAUUUUCAUCAGCAGCAACAGCCUCAGUCACAACAGCAUUACCCUCAGCAUCAUCAUCAUCAUCAUAAUCAGCAGCAGCAUUAUUAUCAGCAUCCUGCAAAGAAGGGGAAAUAUUCAGGUAGCAGUGCAGGAUCAGCUGGGCAUCUGAUGGCACCAUCGGGGCCUGCACCUGUGGGAUACAAUCCUGCUGUGGCAGCUGUGACCCCAGCUCUUGGACAGGCACUGACAGCGCUGUUAGCUACACAAGGAGCUGGUUUGGGGAUUGGUAAUUUGCUUGGAGGUCUAGGUGGGCCAGUGAGUCAUCAGGGUGUGCAACCAGUGGUGAACAGUGCAACAGGAUAUGGUGCCCAGGGUGGAUAUGGAGCUCAGCCUCAUAUGCCAUACCAAAACCCACAGAUGCAGGGUGGUGCAAGACCACAAGGUGGUGGUGCACCAUACUCUGGCUAUGGAGGUCACUAGGAAACUUAAGGUAUCUAUAAUGCUAUGGCUCUACUCCUAAGUGAGAUUCCUUCAUAAAUGCAUCAAACUUUUAGUUUUGGACUGGUGAUUCUUCUGAAGUUCCGGGCACUCUCCAAAUGAAGUCUUUUACUAUGUCAAAAGUUAUCUUUUGUUUAAAGACCAUAAUCUUCAAUGUGUAUUUUCUUUUUUAUUCAAGUACUUUUAUUCUAGUGAAUGUUUUUAAACACUAUGUAGUAUUUUGCACUAAAUUUUUCUCUCUUAAAAGUAUUGAGGAGAAGGUAGGGUAUCCUAUCCUUGUCUCACCAGUAUUUUAGAUAAUUAGUAAUUUCUUUUCAACUUCCAUCAUCUUAUUUUCUGAAUGGUUUCUUCUACUGCUCCACAAAACACUGGAUUGUGUCUCAUAACAAGCAACUUUUGCUUUUCCCUCUCAUAAAUAAAUAAAGUAAUGAGCACAUUGAUCAGCUAAUUUGUUUUAAGGAUUGUCAUGUAGCAAUUGCUGUUGCAGGUAAAAAGCGAUGUUCAUGGCAAUUCACUGCAGGUGUCUUCUGUUUCCUCCAAUUUUUCCAUGUUGAUACUUGUUAUGCUUGUGGUGUAGAGGGUUGAGGCUGGGGGUUAAGGUUGCAUUUUAUAUAUACAUUGAAUGCUGAUUUUAUCUCCACGUCGCAAUCACUUGAAUUUCUAUAGUGCUUAAUAGGUAAAGAUUUGAUUCACGGUGGCGUUACUUUUCUUUUUUUUUUCAAAAGUGGGUUGUUUUUAGCCUUAGAAUAGUGAUUGGUGAAGGGAAAUGUAUCUUCUGAAUUACUCCACAAAAUUGGUUUACAAAAUGACCCUAGGGAUUUCUGGGUUGGGGAGUGUGCCAUAGUUCCUGGUAAUUUUAAACCUUAAAAGUCUACCUAUGGAGAGGAAGGGUGCCAUAGUUCCUAGUCUUAGUUGCACGGACUCUUCACUUUUGAUGCUGCACCCGUCUCGGAUUCUUCAUUAAUACACUACUUUUGACGAAUUCGACGUGCAUCCGUUGGCUUUUUUGAAGAGUCCGAGCAGCAUAGAUCAUAGUUGAUAUUUGACCCAUAGAGAGGAAGGGUAAGUGUUCCUAUCCUAGUUGAUCUCUUAAACAUAAUUGACCCAUAGAGAGGAAGCGAAGUGCUUCUAUCCUAGUUUGAUCUCUUCAACAUUAUCUUGUAACACUCAUGAAGUAGGUGGAAUCCAAACAAGAAUGCCAUGUAGCUUUGAUGUUUUCCAUCCAGGGGCUGAGCAGGUUGUUCUCUUGGCAUUUGAAGUUGAAGUCUUGUCAAGACGAAUGCUGGUCAGAUAUACGCAGAAGAAUUGUUUCUACUGAUGUUUAUAGAAUGAUGGAUGGCGAAGUUGCAUAUUAAGGCAUUUCUGUCCAUGAGAACGACGUCUAGUGCUUUGUCAUUGAGUAGCCUCCUUACAUAUUCUAACCCAGCUCGACUACCUCCAACUCGGUUGAGUUGAUCCUCUCUGCUUUCAACAAUUUGAAACAGGUAGAAGAAUGAAAUGCCCCCACCGGAAAACGGACGUAGAAGAAACUAACUAUGACAAUUUGACAUGCAGAAGCAGGCAAGGAAGACUGGGAUUAAGCUUGGCUUUUGUAUGUAUCUGUUCAUAUCUCUUAACAUUGUGUUGUUCUUUUAGGUUAAUAUGAAAGGAGGGGUCAUUAACUACAAUUAUUGUGUGCUAUCUUAAAAAUAGUAAAAUAGUAUUAGCAAAGGACUAAAUAUGCUUGGUACAUGAAUUUAGAAGAAUUGUUAACUCAGCCAGUCUAAAAUGCAUGCACUUGAUAUUUUAUGGAA